AUGACGAUUCUCAACGCUCUUGAUCCAUGGUUGGAUCGGAACUCACAUGAUAACGGUAGCAAUACUCAACCUCAACAUCAAUCACAAAUGGAUGCGGAACUGGCUUCGAUAGUUUCCUCACUGAGUGCCCUUUCUGCCAGUAAUAAUAUUGCUAACGCUAACUCGCAAGCUCAACAAAUUGGUGGUUUUAGAAGAUCAAGCUUUAAUCAAAGUGAUAUCGACUCGGAAAUAUUAUUAUUAAAUAAUAAUCAAAAUCAAACUAGAAAUACACUUUCUGUGGGUGCUGCUCCAAAUUAUUAUAAUCAACAACAGGCAAAUAUAUAUUCUCCAUCUUCCUCGGAUUCUUCACCUCCACCCCAAUUUCCAGCUCCAUUUCCACACGUUUCAAAGAGUAUUAACGAUAUUAAUGGUUCUCAUCUUAAGAGAUUGAAUUUGUUAGGACAUUAUUCCGCUACCAUUGCAGAUCCGAUGACUUCAUCUGCUUCAUCAAAUCCCAUGGGCGGUAGUUUCUUUGAAAAGUUUGGGAAGUCAUUAAUUGAAGGUACAAGAGAAUUGGAAUCUCAAACUUAUUUGGAAAAUAAUAAUAAUAAUAUGUCUUCCACUGCAAGUGUCAUUACUCAAACCACUAUGCCCAUGAAUAAUAACACGGACACAGAAACUGGAUCCAUUUCUGAAUCUGUGGAAACUACAGAAAAUAACAUCUGGAACGCGGCAACAGCCCCCAUCUUUAGACCAAAUCCAGAAAAUGAACAACCUCCUGGCGCAUUUUAUCCACCUCAUGGAUUCCAUCCUGCAUUAUUUCCUAACAGUGGUCAUUAUCCACCUUAUCCACCUUAUCAGAAUUUUCAACAACAUCAUAACAACAAUAACAAUUUCCCCGUAGGCUCCCCCACUGCAUUUAUAUCUCAAAUGAUAUCUCCUCAUUCACAACCUUUUAUACCGGGUGGUAAGGCAAGUAAUAGUGAUCAUAAUACAGAAUAUACGAUAGAUAAUUCUCAAAUGGCACCUUAUCCUCCACCAAAUCCAAUUAUGUUUAUGCCGCCACCACCACCACAAGGUCAACAAGGUUUUAACAGCAACAAACAUUCAAAUCCAUAUUUGGAUAACAUGGAUAAACCAACAAAGCAACAGAAAAAUAACAGCCCUUCAAAUAAUAACAAUAACAAUAACAAUAACAAUAAUAAUAAUAAUAGUAAAAAUUCGUACAGGAGACAUUCUCCAGCAGCACAUUUUGAUCAAAUUCAUGAACAUGUAAAUAAUAAUAAUAAUAAUAAAAAUGUUAAUCCAAAACAUAAGAUGAAGGGGAAUAAAAAUAAUAAUAUGUCUGCUCCAUCAUCAUCUGCAUCAACGUCAUCGCAACAGCCUUCUGCACCAUCCUCUUCUUCAUUCCAUAGGUCUCCAUUAUUGGAAGAAUUAAGAAAUAACCCAGAUAAUAAGAAAUUCACUCUAAAGGAUAUCUUUGGUAAUACUUUAGAAUUUUGUAAAGAUCAAUACGGAUCCAGAUUUAUUCAACAUGAAUUAUCUACCACAUCAUCACCUUCGGAAAGAGAAGUCAUAUUCAAUGAAUUAAGAGAUGAAGCCAUCUCAUUAUCCAAUGAUGUAUUUGGUAAUUAUGUCAUUCAAAAAUUCUUUGAAUUUGGGUCAGUUACACAGAGAGAUAUCCUAGUUGAUCAAUUCAAGGGAAAGAUGCAAAAUUUAUCAUUACAAAUGUACGCAUGUAGGGUCAUUCAAAAGGCCUUAGAAUUCAUUAAGCCGGAUCAAAGAUUAGAGUUGGUUUCAGAAUUAUCUCAAUGUGUCUUACAAAUGAUUAAAGAUCAAAAUGGUAACCAUGUAAUUCAAAAAGCCAUUGAAUGUAUUCCAAUGAAAGAUUUACCUUUCAUCCUUGACUCAUUACAUGGUCACAUUUACCAUUUAUCCACACAUUCUUACGGAUGUCGUGUCAUUCAAAGAUUAUUAGAGUUCGGAUCUUUAGAGGAUCAAACUCUUAUCUUAAGUGAAUUAAAAGAUUUCAUCCCAUACUUAAUUCAAGACCAAUACGGUAAUUAUGUCAUUCAACACAUCUUGGAACAGCAAGAUAAUAAUCCAAACGUUUCUCAAGAAAUGAUGAAUACAAAGCAAGAAAUUGUUAACAUUGUCUCUCAAAAUGUGGUGGAAUUCUCCAAACAUAAGUUUGCAUCCAAUGUCGUUGAGAGAGCAAUCCUUUAUGGUAAUGAAAAGCAAAGAAAUCUAAUUAUUCGACAAAUAUUGCCCAGAGAUAAGGCGCAUGCAGAAAAUCUAGAAGACAAUGCACCAAUGAUCUUAAUGAUGAGAGAUCAAUUUGCUAAUUAUGUGGUACAAAAAUUAGUGACAGUCUCCGAAGGUGAGGGGAAAACUUUAAUCGUCAUUGCCAUUAGAAGUUAUUUGGAUAAAUUAAAUAAAUCUAAUUCAUUGGGUAAUAGACAUUUGGCGAGUAUUGAAAAAUUAGCAUCCUUAGUGGAGACAGUAAAGAUUGAUUGA